AAUGUUGUUAACUAAUGGAACCUUAUUGUAAAGUGUUACCAGUUAGUGUAACACAACAGCUCUCUGGAUGAAAUGGGUGUUUUUAGUACAGUAAUUUAGCAAUACAAAUGACUGAUUUUCGCUGUGAGAGGUAUUGAUGCUUUAAUCUUCUUCUGGAUUUUCCGGGUGUCCUAUAAGCUUUGAUCACACUGGCAGUCCAUAUCCAAUUUUUCUGCGUAUCUGAUUAUUUUGAUUUAGCCUGCAUUAUUUAUAGAAAACCACAUGGAAUCCAAUUUCUACAAAUACGAUACAUUCUUAGGUGGUUGACAAUCCAUUUCUGGAGACAUUGCCUAAAUAUUAUGAUGUACAUAAGCAGAGGGAAAAUUUGCAGCUUUCUCCUCUUGUUGGAGAACUUAUUGAAAAGAAAUGUAUUUUCUGCAUCAUUACUGUUUUAACCAACAUAGAUUUGCCAGAAAAUUAACACCAUGCUUGAAUGCACAGAUUUGCAUGCUUAGAAAAAAACAGUGUGGACAAUCCAUCCUAAAGACUGGAUUUGUAAAACAAAUCGGAAUUGUCUGCAGUGUGAACAGAUCCUUUUUUCCAGGUCACUAGCUUGUCAGAUUAGAGGAUUAGUGAUUGUAGAUCGAUAUGUGACAUUUGAUUAUUAAAUGAAUAAUAACCCUUACCUCAGUGAUGUUCUCUCCCAAAACCUUUGUCUAUUAUAAAACCAUGUCAUUUUACUGUAUGUGGUAAUAGUGCUUUGUGGUUUUAGCGUAUGGAUGGCUUGUAAUUCAGAUGAGCAGUCAUUUGCAAUCAUACUUAGUUGUUUUGAUGAUAUCAAAUAACUGGGAGAGUAUUCCAUUCUGUUGGUAAGUGUAUUCCUUUUUACCCCACCAUGUAUUUUCUGAAUAUCAUGGUUAUUGUCUAGUUAAGCCAUUUUGAUCGCCCUUAACAAAUAUUGUUCAACACUAUUCUUUUUACAUUACAUUCAUGUUUUACUUUAGCUAUUCAUUAUUGGGGAAAGAAAAUAUUUUACUGUAUAUUUUUGACUGUAUAUAAUGUGUGUUUACAUGUGUUUAUGAAAUUAUUUACAUGUAAGUUUGUAACAUUAUUUUAUGUUUUGCAAACAUAUCUAAUGUUUGCAUAAUGUUUUUGGGGUGCCUUCUUGGGGGUAAUUCUGGAGUUAACUUUCAGGGGAAUUACAAGUAAAUUUGAGGGGUAAUUUUGCUACUUUGCUAAUUUACUCUAUUCUUGCUUUAAAUGGUUAUAAAUUGUAUUUUGUUUCAAAUACUGUUGUGCCAGUUUGUAUUUUUUGUACUAGGGCAUUGGAUAGAGUCAAGAUUAGAAUAUGAUUGGACUUUGUUUUUUGUUUUUUUUUUAAAGAACAUGUCAUUAAUACUGUGCAACCGUUUUCCAGGAUGCUAAUAAACUGCUCUUAAAGGAACAUGCUAAUUGGGUUAAUCUGAAGGAGUUUUUCCGUAAAAAUGCUGCCAACUCACUUUCUGUUGCCAACAUGGUCAUGGGAAUGGCCUCAAUCCUCUGCAGUCUCAAUGGCCAUCACUAUGCCGCGUGCUGGCUAGUUCUGAUCGGUUACCUGCUGGAUUUGGCAGAUGGAGCAGUUGCUAGGCAACUGAAUGCGUGCUCUGCACUGGGUGCAAAGUUGGAUGAUUUUGCUGAUUUUACAACAUUUGGAAUCGCAACAUCCCUACUCUUAAGGACACCCAGUUUGCUGGAUAAUAUCCUGUGCAUGUUCUACGUGCUAUCUGUCUUUGUUCGUCUCUGCUUCUUCUCUAGUGGAAUCCCCUUCAUGUACCGUGGCCUACCAUGUAUCUACUCCUCUGCCAUCCUAGCCUGUGUCUCCCUGCUGACUGGAGGAAAUAUGGCAGUACUGAGAAUUAUAGCUCUGGCCAUGAUUCUUUUCAUGGGCAGCCAGACCUUCUACCCACAUGACAGAGUUCUGGAGUCUCAGGCCUGGAAGAAGGUGGUCUACAUCGGAGGAAUUGCCAUGGUGUUUUGCUCUUCCUUCCCUCCAGCAUGUGUGUACUACUUGUUAUGGUCAGUUUCCUACAUAUUGUUUCCAACAGCCCUGUGGAGCUGCAAAGUGUGAAAAUGUAAUGGCCUAAGAGGCCAUUUCAUAAAGGCUAACUCUGCGGGUUUGAAGAAGAUCCGUGAAAUUUGUUGGAAAAUCCCCUGCUGCUUCAUGUGGACCAAUUAGGAAACUCUAAAAACAUUUUUUACCAUUUUUAAUUUGAGGUGAUGAACAUAAAACUGAUUAAAUCUACGUUGUCUAGAACGGACAUCUUGAUUGCUGCUAAAUAGCUGCAUUUGUUUCAGUGUUAGGAAUGAGAAAUACUCUUUGCCUCUGUGUUACACAUUUUAUGUUUGAAUGAUUGAAGCAUCAAAUGUUAUUGCACAGUUUAGGUGUACUUAAUGCACAUAAACUGAAAAAUGAAGAGGCAAGAAGCAGGGCAGAGAUCAUCAAAUUUGCUGUGGAAUUUAUAUUUGUAGAAUUGCUGCUUUUGGUUAUUGUUAAAGUAGUUCAGAACAAGUUUUUAAUGUAUAUCUAACGCAUCAACUGAUAUUUCCAUUUGGUGGAUAACUGAUAAAAAGCACAUUCUUUUAGAACAGUAAUAUAUAGGAAUAAUCAGUGUGGGAAUAUUCAAAACUCAGCUCUCAAUCAUAUUUAAAAUUUCUGCUUUCUUGCUUUAUUCUGAUUACAUUACAUUGCCCUUUAAAUGAAUUCUGAUUCUAACUACUCUAAAGGGAAUUGUAUCCUCUUGAUCUUUGUAAUUACAUAUAAAAACAUGACUAUCAUCAUUUAUUUUAUCUAGUGACUGGUUCAUUUGUGAUUACUGUAUGUCCCAUAUUGUAAGGUAGGCCUUCAAAACAAAUGCCAGGCAACAAUUACAAAAAUAUGGCAGUUUAAUUUGACAAGUGAGUUUAGCAUCCCCCUAGCAUUAUGCUGGAGUACGUCUGUGCAUGUUGGUCUCUGUUUUAAGGGGCCUUGCUUCCUCACUUACAGUUACUGUAUCUUUAAUGACAGUAAUUGCUUAUGUUUAGCGAGUGAUCUUCCAUUGGAUUUGCAUGUACCGUGUACAGGUUCAAUGGGAGAUUGUUACCCUGCAACAGGGUAACAAUGUAAGGAAUUCUGGGUUUCCCUGACUUAUAUUUGCUCUGGGCCCAUUUCAUAUUAAAACAUACAAUUUAAAAUUUGUUGUGGGCCCCCCUGGACCUGUGGGCCCCUAGAAUCAUUACCACCUUUCACCCCAUUAGCUACAGCUCUGCCCUGCAACAUAACUGUUUUAAGGCCUUGUUUUGUGUUCUGUGCACCACUUGUGGUUACCUUUUAUUAAAAUGUAGUGGUGUUAAAAAUAAAAUGCCCAGUCUCUUUUUCUUUC